AGAGAACACCUAGAAAAUGUAAUAGAUCAGUUGAAGAUAAAAUUGCAAGACACUCAACACAACUUACAAAUCAAUGUAGCUGAGCUUCAAGCCCUGCAGUCCGAACAUGACACACUGCUGGAACGACACAAUAAAAUCCUCCAGGAGACCGUAGCAAAGGAAGCAGAGCUCCGAGAAAAGCUCUGUACAAUACAGUCUGAGAACAUGGUGAUGAAGUCGGAGCACGCACAGACUACCAGUCAGCUGACAGCCCAGAACGAAGCUCUUCGGAACAGUUUCCGAGACCAAGUCAGGCAUCUUCAGGAAGAGCACAGGAAGACCGUGGAGACAUUGCAGCAGCAGCUGUCCAAAGUAGAAGCCCAGCUCUUUCAACUUAAAAGUGAGCCAAGUUCAAAAAGUCCUCCUCCUCCCAAUAUACCAACAAAGAACUUGCGAGAAAGAAGGAACACUGACCUUCCUCUUCUUGAUGUGCACACUGUAGCUAGAGAGGAAGGGGAAGGAAUGGAAACCACUGACACAGAGUCUGUAUCUUCUGCCAGCACUUAUGUACCAUCCUUGGAACAGCUCCUUAAUACGCCUGAUACAAAACUUGAGCCUCCGCAGUGGCAAGCAGAGCUUACGAAAGAAGAGCUGGUCGAGAAGCUAAACACCACAACAAAGAGUGCCGAUCACUUAAAUGGAUUACUUCGGGAAUCAGAAGCAACCAAUGUAAUCCUAAUGGAACAAAUUAAGCUUCUUAAAAGUGAAAUUAGGCGUUUAGAAAGGAACCAGGAACGCGAGAAAUCUGUAGCUAAUCUGGAAUAUUUGAAGAAUGUUCUGCUCCAGUUUAUAUUUCUGAAGUCGGGCAGUGAAAGAGAGAGGCUUCUUCCUGUAAUAGAUACCAUGUUACAGCUAAGUCCAGAAGAAAAAGGAAAGCUUGUUGCAAUUGCUCAAGGUGAGGAGGACAGCACGUCACAGCCAGCUGGGUGGGCUUCAUACCUGCACAGCUGGUCAGGACUACGCUAAGACUGUGGGAACGCUCCCUUUCCCGAUAUUCCUAUUUCAGAGGUUGCCCUGAGAGGAAUCUCAGCACUGAAGAAUGCGCCAUGUGUACACAUGUAGCAAGGGGUAACUUUUGUGUUUUCUGUUGAUCAUCAUUUUUUUUUUGGUAAAGUCUUGUGAAUGGUGUGUUCUGGCUUCAACUUCUAGUCCCUAUGUCGUGACUCAUUACAAGCUCAGGCAUUCUAAUGCUUGCAUGGAGCAAGGGCCGUCUCACUCCUUGGUUGGGAGAGUUCCAUAUACACAUCCCUUUGUGUCUGGAGGGCUGCCCUCCAUUGAACCCUUUAAACUGGGGUUUCUGACUGCAGCAAGCAUCUUCAUUCGUAUUUAUCUGAAACAGGUUCCUGCAUGAGAUCGUUAUCGACAGCAAGGCCAAAAUGGAAUUGGUGACUCUGAACACGCGCGUUCCCGUGCUUCUGUUAAGACCAUUGCCUGUUUUGUGCUUAAGGAUGUUGAAUAUAUGACUUAGUAAAACACUUCAGAACUUACCUUACAAAUCGCUUAUUCUUCUGAAAAGGGGAAGAGAGUUUAAAAAAAAAUUUGGCAGCAUUCUGCUAUUUGAACAAAUUGAAUAUAUGGCCCAAGUCCAAACUUAAUUUAGAGAUUCCUUAAGCUAAUCGGGCACUGUUUAGGACAUUGCUGUGUCAGAUCCUUUUGCCUGAGCAUUAAAUCAUUAGUUAAUGACUACUGAGAACAAGCUUUCCUAAAGUAUCCCUUUGACAUUUUUAAAGAAAGCAUUAAAAUAAGAGUUAGAAAAGAUAUUUGACUCUAAGCACAGGUCAGCGUUACCAAUGCAGCACGUCACAAGGCUUCCUGAUGACUUGGUUCAGUGUUUGCUACAGGUAGAAUCCUGAAUAUAAUUGGCAGUCAUCAUUGUCAAGGCUGAGUGCUUUCUAGAAAACCUUCAAGAUGGAUUCAGGCCAAUACAACUUACAGCUAUAUGCCUUUUUCACAAAUGGACGCCUUUUCUCUGCCAUCAUUCUCAAGGGGUGCCAACUUGACAUGCAUGUGUUAAGAAGAUCUGUAUAUUGUUUCCAUAGAAACAAAUAGUUCACUUUUCAAACACUCGAUCUUGGUUGCAGCUUUUUUGCCUCUCUGGAAGGGAUGCUCUCAAGGACACCCCAAAGUGUAUCAUUUUACAUAACAUACACGUCAGUCUAGGUGAUCUGUAUUCUCUUAGGAUAUGUAUUCUGCUUAAAUCUUGAGUUUUGCAUCAGCAUUUGUUAAUUUAUCUCACUUCAAGCUGUGUAAUUUUAGGUCUGUUUGUUGCUGUUUUUCUGCCACAGAGGAAAGAUCUUGAUUGGUCCUUCCUCCCCUACUUUGACACGUCGAAACUGACCAGGAAAAUGUCUUUGCACUUUCUUCUGUACUUUGUUGUUUUCAGAACUGGUUUCACUGAAUAAUUGCUAUUAAUUGAACAGCAUUUUCCUAUUUGCACAAUGU